UGCUCUCUCCCCCCACGAUUUCACACCAAUGAGCAUGCCGCGUGUAGCUCCCACUCGCUGGCAUCAGAAACACUAGAUAUCUUCAGUUCCCGAGCUGUACAGAUUCAUGCAAAUACACACCAGCAUUGGCUAGACGGAGGCUGCGUUCUGCCAAAACAUACGUUUGGGGAUAGGCAGUGAUAAAUAAGAAGGGGAGAAAGAGUCCAGCAUCUCUCGCACACAGCAGACUCAAGCAGGAUCAGCACCAUGAAGACCAGAUUAGGCUGCCUGUCCAACAAAUCGGACUCCUACAGCGACUUCUCCGAGUUCCUGCCUCCUCUCCACGAAACCACUGCCAGGUGUCUGAAAGUAUCAACGGAUGAGGUUGUCCGAUGGUCAGAAUCGUUUGAUCAUCUCCUGUCUCACAAAUAUGGCCUGGCUGCCUUCCGGACAUUUCUCAAGACCGAGUUCAGUGACGAGAAUAUCGAGUUUUGGAUGGCCUGCGAGGAGUACAAAAAGAUCAAAAGCUCAACCAAGCUUGUGUCAAAAGCAAACAAGAUCUUUCAGGAGUUCAUUGAUAUUCAGGCACCCAGAGAGGUAAACAUUGACUUCCGCACCAGGGAAAAGACCAAGCGGAGCCUUGAGGAUCCGUCCCCAACCAGCCUCAACGAAGUCCAAGCUAAAGUCUACAGCCUCAUGGAGAAAGACUCCUACCCACGAUUCCUCAGGUCCAAGAUGUACCAGGAAAUAGCAAACAGGGCGCAUGCACAAGCCCAGCGGAGGUCUGUUUGACCGAAUAUGAUGGAGACCACAGACGACAUAAAACUGGACCUACACUGUAAAUCACUCGUAAACCCUUUUGACAUCAUCUCUGAAUACUGUGAAUCUACAAGGAUGGGGCGACAUGCUUGACUGUUUCCUUUGUCUACACCAGCUCCAUGCAUGCAAUCCCUCUAGAAAAGACAUAUCUUGGUGGACUGCUGUACAGUACGGAGGAGGGGAUUUGAUGUGAAUGAGCUUAUCGUUUUACCUCCACUUAGUGCUGGGCAAAAAAAUAACCAUAUCAUACGAUAACAAUAUUUAUCACAAUAUACGCUAUUUUAGAAGAUAUCAGACAUAUAAUAUGUCAAUUAAAAUGUAUACUGGUAGAACAAAAAAGCAUUUGAAAUUAUACUAACCACAACUACUAAAUAGAGCAAGCAGCGAUUGAAAUGCCACAACCAAUUCUUGAUUAAUGUAAAAUAAUUUUCUGUAACUCAAAAUAUAUUUUUUUUAGUUACAGCUGUUAAAAAAUGAAGACCAUGAGAUGCAUCUGAAAUAUCUAACUAUAAGCUUGAGAAUAAACUUUGAGGAUUGUUUCAGUUUAAUCUUAAUCCCAAGAUAUAUGAAACACAAUGGAUAAUAAAUUCAAUACCUUGACUUCAAUAACUACAGCGGGUCCUUAGUAUUUAUUUUGGAGCACUUUAUUGCCCUGUUUGUCAAAGAAAGGUCUUUGCUUCGGCAUGACCAAAAUGUUUAGACCUUUUACCACAGAUAUCCAUUCCUUUUGGUCAGACAUAAAAUAAAUGAAAUAACGCCAUUGUCUGACGUGCAGUUUAUUCGCACAUCUCCAUAAUUUACCAUACAAGUACAAGCAUUCAGAUUGACUUGUUGGGGUUCGACACCUUGACCAAAUGUACCGAGUUGAUUUAAUUCCUUCAUCAAGAAAGAAAUAUAUAUUGAGAUAUCACUAUUGUUUUAUUGCCCAGCACUAACCCAACUUAUCUUCAGUUCUUUGUGAAAUAGACACCGUCAUACGCAGGUAACUAUAGACCUGUUGUGGUAGUUUGUGUGUUUACGACGAACAAUGAAGUGAGGGAGCACUUAAUAGCUGAAACUGUGCCAAACUAGAUAUUGCACUUAAAUAUUGAUAUAGCUACAUAAUCCUGUGUAUUGUAAACUCUUGCAGGCAUUCUAUGUGACACUUAAUGUGGAGUAUAAUGAAGGGUUGGGUUAAUCUUUUGCUCUCAAUUCACUCCUGUCCAGGAAGUAGAAAUGUGCUAUCAGUUUUGUUGAACUUGCUCUUUAUGGUAUACAGUGCAUCCCAUUGGACCAAUCAUUUUGAUUCUGUCAGUUUAUUAUCAUUCAUAUAUUUUUGAUUUGAUUUAAGCUAUGUUAUUGGACUAAAAUAUCUUUGGACUACUGAUCAAUGUAGGAUUUAAAAUAACUUAAUAUUUACACAAAAUUAGGAAGUGCUGACUAAAAAGUAAUUAUACCUUACUAAAAUGGAAAUUGAAGUUUAUUACAUAACUAAUUUGCUAAUAAUCUGUUUACAGUGUUUCAUUAAACUGAAAAUUGAACACUAUGCUCCUGCUAGUGGUGAAUUGAAAGCGACAGCCCCGACCCGCAUAGAAUAAUCUGUUAGGAGAUGAAAAAUGUGUAAUUUUCAGCAUGAUGCAAUACUCAGAAUAACUACUUAGAUAUUCUUUAACUUGUACAGUAUGUUAUGAACAUGACUGCAAAAAAAUGUAAGUAAUGACAAUGUGUUUGAAAUGUGCUCCCUCAGCAUUUGCACUCCUUUUUAAUUAAAUAAGAUGAUUUGAAAAUAUUUCAGGGGGACAAAUAUUUUUCUUUAUUGCAUGUGCACUGUAAAGGCCCAACUGUUGGAAAUACAACAAAACUGGCUAAACAACAUAUCGCUCUAUAUGAUAUGUUACUGUGUUCCACAUGAAUGUAACCUCCUCCCUUAUAUUUUGUGAUUAAAAAUGAAUCUGCAUCUAUA